AUGACACCAGAAGAAUUGUCCAAAUUGUCAAAAACUGAGAGGGUUAACCUUGCCUAUAGAGAAUACAAGAAGGAUCAACUCCUUAAAAGUGACAGAAGACGUUCCUUGAACCAAAUAGCCAAGUUAAAUGGAUGCAGUCCCUCCGGAUUGAGAGCAAGAAUUAAAAAGGGUCAAAAAAAGGCCAAUGGUAAUGUUGCAUGUUGUAAGGUUAGAGUUAGGGACAUGAUAAACUGUGUAUUCGGGUGCACAGUUUGUCCAUUGCCUACGAUACGAUUUGGUUGA